AUGCAACUCCCCUUGAACGACGUCGAUUUAGCGGCUGUCUUAAGCCUUUGCUGUAUUGCCGAUUAUGCCUUUUUCGCGCUGCCCAGUCGGAUUCUAAAAUGCGUGGAGCUUUUCAUCCUCGGGAAUCUAUUCCAACUUCUUCCUCAAAUUUCUUGGGCCAAGGUUGUCGGGAUUUUUCUCACACUGGCUACCUCUUUACUCGUUGGGGUUGGGACAUUUCGACUGCUCAUUGCUGCCUAUGUCAAUCGAAACCUGAUUCUCUUGUCGAAUGACAAGGAUCUGCAAAAGGGGAGAGAAUUUCUCGGGAAACCUUUUUUCUAUCCUUGUAGAAUCUCUCAUGCCCGAACUUUCGAUCAGAAGUAUCGCUUUUCGUACAGCUAUUUUCUCGUGGGCGUUCCGAUUGGCAUCAGCGGAACCAUUGGAUCCCUACUGUCAAUUGAUACAGUUCGACCGGAGAAAAGCGACAGGAAACCUUUGCUCUCAAACUGGUGCUUGUUUACGAUUGAUCAGCGACAUUACCUUGAUCGUGGCAACCACCCUGGCGGAUUGGAGGGGAAGCUCCAUUCGUGGCUAGAGGCCAGGGGCGAGGAUCCCCAGCAAUGGCCGUAUGCCUACAUGAUCAGCGUUCCAAAUUUUCUCUGGUCGACUCGAAAUCCUGCGACGUGGUGGUUCCUCUACUCUUCCGAAAAGCAACUCACGGCCAUGGUCAUGGAGGCAAACAAUUCUUUUGGAGAAAGGAAACCGGUCUUUUACCGACUGGAUCCGUUGGGCGAAAUUAUCGAGCAUCCUGACCCCUCAAACAAGCCGAGUACCGUGUCAGGGUUUGCGGAUGGGAACUUGAUAUCUCUUCGUAUGAGUCAUUCGAAGUCUAGACAUAAGUCUUAUCAGGGACACUGGGACCGGGAUCUUUAUAUCUCUCCAUUUGAGGAUGUCGGAGGACAUAUGGCCACGACAUGUGUCGACCCAUGCGGACCAAAAUGGGGGAUCCCUGGUGACCUUCAGCUCAGUGCAACUUUCCAUGAUCCAGAAGGCCGACCGAAGAUUAUCACCCGGAUUCACUCAUGGGACACUCCUGUUGAUCUACUGGCUACCAAUGGGCUGGGCCUGGUCAAAUUUAUUCUGGGUUGGGGCUGGGUUGGCACCCUGUCGAUGCCUCGAAUCAUGUACCAGGCUUUACGUAUCUGGCUCCGUGGGAAUGUAAUACUCCAUGAAAGACCUCAAGUCAUCAGAUCCAACAUUCCCAGGCGUGAGUCGCAACUGGAAAGGUAG